CCUCCUCUCUCUUUCUUGAAACUGAGUCGCCCCCGCCUAAAUUUUUACACUUCUUCUUCGUACAUAAAAACCCCAACUCCUCUAACCAAAAUCCCACUUCCAAAAACUCCAGAAUCUACAAUUAUCAGUUCAAUCUUGUUAAUAAAAAACAGAUAAUGUUUGCUAUAGCAGCUAUCAAUGAUACAGAUUCUGCUGCUCAGUGGGAACCAUUAGCACCAACUAAAGAAGCUCAGGAAUUCCAUCUUUCACAAACGUAUCAUGAAGGACUUCUCAAGUUGCAAGUGAAAGAUUAUGCUAAAGCUCGUGAACUUUUAGAAUCUGUUUUGAAAGAUCCUUUGAUAUCAAAUGCUCAGGUGGAAAGUAGUUCUAGUGAUGGGCAUAUGUUACAACUCAGGUUCUUGACACUGAAGAAUCUUGCCAAUGUCUUCCUUCAACAAGGUCCGAGUCAUUAUGAGAAUGCUUUACAUUGCUAUCUUCAAGCUGUAGAGAUAGAUAAUAAAGAUGUUGUUUGGAACCAACUGGGAACACUAUCAUGUUCGAUGGGCUUGUUAAGUAUAUCACGUUGGGCGUUUGAGCAAGGGCUUUACUGCAGCCCCAACAAUUGGAACUGCAUGGAGAAACUAUUGGAAGUCCUAAUAGCUAUUCGUGAUGAGGUUGUUUGUCUAUCUGUAGCAGAGUUGAUUCUAAGACACUGGCCAUCACAUUCUCGUGCUUUGCAUGUCAAAAAUACCAUCGAGGAAUCAGAACCGGUUCCUUUUGCGCCGAAGGGUAUUGAUAAGCUGGAACCGAAGCAUGUGCGCCUAAAAUUUCUGGACAAGAGAAAAGCAACAGAUGAGGUGAUAAAUGGGGAUGUUGCAGUUAAACGGUCCUGUAAGAGCAUAGAACUGAACCUUCUACAUCCAUCUUGGACAUCACUUGCAGACGCAAUCAUGGGAGUCAUACUCCCUGUGAAUGAAAAUGUUCCUGGGCCUGAAAUUGUACUAAAUCAAGAUGGUCAAGUAAAUGGAAAGCCUAGUCCUAAACGAUCUAAGAUUCUUUCCGAAAAUGCAGACGUACAAGAAAGCAGUGGAGCACAAGCUCAUCAAACAUCAGAAAGCAUCAGCGGCAAUUCAAAACUGGAAAGAGGUAUGGAUACCAGAUUGAGUAUAAAGUUGCCUACCAGAGCAGAAGUAGAAACUGUCCUGGGUUCCGCAGAAGGAGAAAACAUGUCUCAAGUUGAUGGUACCCCAGAAAAAGCAAAUGUCUCGAAAGAAAAGGAAGCAUGUACCGAUGAGGAACAACAUACUCAAGAAAGGCGAAGUACUCGUCUUGAAAGGCUUAGAAGUCGCAAACCGGGGAAAGAAGAAAUGGACCUUUCUACUAGUAGGGAUCUGGCGAAAGUUGUUGUUCAGUUUUUAGAGCCUUUUAUUGUAGGUAGGUCAGAAACAGUGGUAGCAGAUCAUACUUCAAAUCGAGUGGGCGUCAAUGUUUCUGUUAGCAUAGUUGGCGAUAUUCAAUCCUUGCUUCUAACAGUAAUGUGUAACAUCAUUAGCACAUUUCUUUGUAAGAAAUAUUCUGAGUUAGCAACCGAGGAUCAAAUGGAGCAACUGGAGAGUCACUGGUUCGUGGAUGCUGCAAAUGCAUUCUGCAGACUUCAACACCUAAACCAAUCUGUACCUUGUAAAUCUCAGGUUGACCUUAUUGUGGCAGUCCACGAAUUGCUUGCUGAAUAUGGGCUUUGCUGUGCUGGUAAAGAUAGUGAAGGAGAGGAAGGAACAUUUCUUAAACUAGCAAUCAAACAUCUUUUGGCCUUAGAUAUGAAACUGAAAUCAAGUUUGCACUCUACGGAUAAAGCAUUGGAAACUCAAUCACAAAAGAGUCCUGUGGAGAACAACCAUCUGAAAACACCUAUAAGUGAGUCGAUUUUAAAUACUUCGGCUGAUACUUUAACCAGUGUAGUUGAAUUCGAAGAAGAUAAACAGAUGUCCACCAAUAAGGAAGCGAUAGAGCUAGAGGAAAUGACUAGUGAGGGAGAUGCUUCUCACAUUAGUUCAAGUAAGGAUGAAGGAGCAGAACAUGGAACUAUUGGAGUUGAAGGGAAAGAUGAAAACCAUGACGAUGAUGUUGAAAGUGAGGAAAUUGAAUUAAGAAUAGAAGAAGCUCUGGACCAGAGCCUUUUCUGCUUAUAUGGUUUACAUCUUAAAUCACCUGAUUCAAUGAGUGAAGAUGACUUAGCUAUACACAAAAAUACUAGUCGUGGUGAUUAUCAGACUAAAGAACAGUGUGCAGAUGUCUUCCACUAUUUAUUGCCAUAUGCAAAGGCUUCCUCUAGAGCUGGUUUGAUGAAAGUUCGAAAAGUAUUAAGGUCUAUACGGAAGCACUUCCCACAACCUCCAGAAGAAAUGUUACGAGAAAAUUCACUAAGCAACUUCUUUGAUAAUCCUGAUUUAUGUGAAGAAAAACUCAUUGAAGAGGCUGGUUAUGAUGGAUUUCUGGAUCAUGUCAUGAAAUUAAUAUUUCCCAAGGGGGUCAAUCACAAGCAAAGCAAUACAUAUAUAGGAGGAAGCUCUGAGCCGUAUGCCGAAGUUUAUGGAAACUUGUAUUAUAUUCUAGCCCAGGCUGAAGAAAUGAGUGCAACUGAUAAAUGGCCAGGUUUUGUGCUCACCAAGGAAGGGGAAAAGUUUAUCGAACAAAAUGCAAACCUAUUCAAAUAUGAUUUGUUGUACAAUCCUCUGCGCUUUGAGAGUUGGCAAGAACUUGCUAAUAUUUUUGAUGAGGAGGUGGACCUGUUGCUGAAUAAUGGAAGUAAGCACAUAAAUGUUGUGGGAUGGAGGAAAAACACUUCUCUACCUCAAAGAGUUGAAAUUAGUCGAAGGAGAAGCCGCCGAUGUUUACUAAUGAGUUUGGCACUAUCUAAGACACCAAUUCAACAGAGCGAGAUGCAUGAGUUGUUGACAUUAGUUUACUAUGAUGGUAUUCAAAAUGUUGUACCGAUUUAUGAUCAACGAUCCGUUCUACCCACCAAGGAUGAAUCAUGGAUAACAUUCUGUCAAAAUUCGAUUAACCAUUUUGAGAAAGCUUUCUCCAACAAGCCAGACUGGUCUCAUGCAUUCUACCUGGGAAAGCUUUGUGUAAAGCUAGGAUAUCCAUAUGAGAAGGCAUUUUCAUACUAUGAAAAAGCUAUCAAUUUGAAUCCAUCUGCUGUAGAUCCUUUCUACAGGAUGCACACAUCACGUUUGAAAUUACUACAUACAUGUGUUAAGCACAAUUUGGAGGCUCUCAAGGUUGUUGCGGCAUAUUCAUUUAAUCAAUCUACAAAGGAGACUGCCAUGAAUUUGAUUGAUCAAACUGUUUGUGGUACUCCAAAUUUUGGAGGAAACAGUAAUGAAACGAAACCUGAGGGUCUUACAAACGUGGUUCAAUUGGAUGAGGCCUGGCACGUGCUUUAUAGUGAUUGUCUUUCAGCCAUUGAAGUUUGUGUCGAAGGGGAACUCAAACAUUUUCAUAAGACAAGAUAUACACUCGCUCAGGGAUGGUAUCGUAAGGGUGAGAGUGGGGACUUAGAGAGGGCAAAGGAUGAACUUUCGUUUUGUUUCAAGUCAUCAUGGUCCUCCUUCACAAUUAACAUGGCAAGGAAAUGAAUCUUUGUUACAUAAACCGCAGUUAAAGAUGAAGAAAGGAGGUGGUUCAUCUGUUGCUUCUCAUACAACCCCGUCUACUUCAGUGACUACCCAGUCAGGUCCCAUGGAAUGCUGUGUUGUUGAUAGUGAAUCAAUUGGACAAGAGCUUGGGAAUCUGCUUCAAACCAAACCAUAGGCCAUGAUUGCUGUUUUGCUAUUUUUGUUGGAAGGCUAUUAUUGGGGCGUCACAUUUCAUUAGAGGGGCGUCACCUAAUAGGACAAAAAUGGGUCAUCCAUAAGUAAUAUCAAAAACCCCUUAUCUCAAAUAAUUUUGUAAUGACUA